GGGCGGGGCGGCGGAUGGGAGCUGAAGAUGGCGGAGGGGAAGGAGCCGAAUAACAAGUGGGUUCGGCUUAAUGUCGGGGGCACACACUUCCUGACCACUCGGCAGACGCUGUGCCGUGAGGAGAAGUCCUUCUUGUACCGCCUGUGCCAGGAGGAGGGCGAGCUGUUGUCCGACCGGGACGAGACGGGGGCAUACUUGAUUGACCGGGAUCCCACGUACUUUGGGCCCAUAUUGAAUUAUCUCCGACAUGGCAAACUUGUCAUCAACAAGGAACUGGCGGAGGAGGGGGUUCUGGAAGAAGCGGAGUUUUACAACAUUGCACCUUUGAUCAAAUUAGUGAAAGAGAAGAUCAAAGAGAGAGAUUGCAAGCCCACACAGAUUCCUACAAAACAUGUUUACCGAGUUCUCCAGUGUCAGGAGGAAGAGCUGACACAAAUGGUUUCCACUAUGUCUGAUGGCUGGAAAUUUGAGCAGUUGGUCAGCAUUGGAUCUUCCUACAACUAUGGCAAUGAAGACCAGGCAGAGUUUCUAUGCGUUGUUUCCAAGGAGCUACACAACACCACCAACGGGAUAAGCUGUGAACCGAGUCGAAAAGCAAAGGGCGAGGACGAGGAAGCUGAUUGUGAUAUGAAUGACGGGGACUAAAAUGUAACUCGUACACGGUGGUGAGAACUGAUAGUGACAUAGCUGGUGGUGGGACCAUUUCUGCAUUUGUGUGGUAGAUCUAACAGCAAUACCCCACAGAGCAGGUUCAAACAAGACCUGGUCUAGCCUCAGGGUGAAUGAGUAGUGCUUUAGUGCAUAUGGGAGAUUGCUUGUGCACAAGCCUGUGUGUGUGUGUGUUUCCUCUUUGUAUAUCAUUUGUGUACAUGUGUACAAAGACCUUUCUUCAUGAUUGAGUCUCUGUACCCGUGUCGUUCUUUGGUGCAGUAGAAUUCCAUUGCCUUUUCAUCAUUGUCCAACUCAUUGGGAUUGCCCUGGCUCAGUUUUCAUUUAUUUAAUUCAAACACAAGAUACAUACAAAGGUUAGGGGUUCCAGUACUGUUAAUAUAGGUGGUAAUUCAAUUAUUACCAUCUGUAUUCCCUGUGGGGGCCCACUAUUCCUGGAAAUAAGGCAAUAACAGCAUAAGAUAUUCAAAGUACAUUCAUUAUCAAAGAAUGUAUAAAUUGUACACCUUGAGAUUUGUCUGCUUACAAGUAGUCACAAAGCAAGAAACUUGAAAGAACUCGAUUAAAGAGAAUUAAAAUAAAAGAUCAACACCUGUUGCACAUGAGAAAGUUAAAAAACACAAAUCAUGCAAACAAUUGAAGUGAACGCUAGAGGAGCAGAUUAGGCCAUUUGGUCCAUCAAGUCUUCACCAUUUCAUUCUGGCCCAUCCAUGUUUUUUUUCCCCUCUCAGCCCCAGUCUCCUGCCUUUUUCCCCCCGUGUCCCUUCAUGCCUGGACCAAUCAGCCUCUGCCUUAAAUACUUGUAAAGAUUUGGCCUCCACAGCUGCCUAUGGCAAUGAAUUCCACAAAUUCACCACUCUCUGGCUAAAGAAUUUCCCCCACUAUACGCAUAGAGAUUGCAUGCUCCUUAAGUAGCCCCAGAAGAGGGGCAGGCUGUCGGCUCAGGCAGAACCCUCAACCUUGCAGCCAUGUCCUAGGCCCCCUAGUUGCACAACUGCCUGCUGCAUCUUGAUCUCCUCCAGCCACACGGAAGUCGUGAACACAGAGUUCUCCUCUAUUGCAUUCCCUCCAGUUCCAUGUGAUGCUCUAGGUACACAGGUGAACAUCCAUUCCCAGCCUGUCACCAAUUCCAACCCCUUCUGGCCACUGUGAUGGCUUGAAGCUGACUAUUCCCAAGCUGAAUUUCCAAUGCUGUGUACUGUUCAAUCACAGAUAGUUUAUUUCCACUUCCAUCCUUGUCCCUCCAUACACCACUUGUAAUAUACACUCCGUGCUCACUUUAUCAGACACACAAGCUCAUUAAUGCAGAUAUCUCAUCAGCCAAUCACAUGGUGACGUUGAAGCAUGCAGACAUGGUCAAGAAGUUCAGUUGUUUAGACCAGACAUCAGAAUGGGGAAGAAAUGUGAUCUAAGAGAUUUUGAACAUGGAACGAUUGCUGGUGUCAGACAGGAUGGUUUGAGUGCCUGAGAAACUGCUAAUUCGAGCUGCCCAAUAACCCCAAUUUAACCCUAACCAAAUGAUGGGACAAUUUGCAGUGAUGAAUUAACCUUCCUGAUACAUCUUUGGAUUGUGGGAGGAAAUCAGAGGACCUUGAGAAAACCCCACAUGUUCCACGGGUACAGAGACUCCUUAAAGAGGAUGCCUGGGAUGAACCCUGAACUCCACCCCAAGCUGUAAUAGUGUCGCACUAACCACUAUGCAACUGUGACUCGCGGUGUCGCAUGUUAUCUGUGUGUGUGUGCGCGCGCAUGAGUAUCUGAGUGUCUUGCACCCCUUUUCAGUAUGUGUUCAUUUCCCCCUUAUUCAUGUGAAUUCCCUUAGGGCUGUGCCUGUGCAUACCUCUGUAGUUCUUUGAAUUAGUACGCUGCCAUGCUAGGCUGUAUAUUUAUAACGGCACCAGCUAGUAUCACCCCUGUUUAAAAGCAAAGUUCUUGUGACCAUCUCUAUGCAGCCCUCUUGUGUGUAUCUGACCAUCUACUUAGUCGCUUUGCAUGUGUUUGUCUCCUAUGCAUUUCUGUGUCUUAAGUGAACCUUUUAAAAUCUGGGAACGAGUUCUGAAAGUGAGGCGCGGACAUCGUGUGCAUUGAGCAGUGAGAACAUUGUGAACUGAGCAGCCCUCCAGCUUAAACAGUGCACCAGGACACUUGAUUCUUUAUCCCUACUUGAGUUUACAGUUGACGACCAUUGUGUUUCCUGCUUUUAUAUUUGUGUUUUGUACCAGAAAUGCAAGUCACUAAACCAAAAAACUCUCAUCUCACUCAUCAGCCAUGUAUGUUUUAACCAUUAUGCAAUAAAACAGUUCGUAUUUUAACUUGCUUUGUCUCACUUGCUAUUAACUUGGCCAGCCUCCUUGAGAAUUGAAGAACGUGUCUGCCAAAGGUCUAUUCAUUUGAAAAAGGAUUUGGGGCUUUCCUGGCGUAUAAGACGAGUAAACUCUUCUUGGGCUGCCAGCCGGGUACAGCAUCAUCCCUGAUGAAGGUGGCAAAGCUAGUCAUCGAAACGUCGGUUUUAAUCGACACCCGUACCUGGCUGGAAGCCCUAGGUGAGUUUAUCCGUUCAGUUAUUUGUUCUGAGAUGCAGAGGGGAACAAUCCCUUCAAGCUGCGCCGCCCUUCAACCCCUGAUUUAAACCUAAACUAAUCGUGGGACAAUUUACAGUGACCAGUUAACCAUUGUGUCUUUGGACUGUGGGAGGAAACUGGAGGACCGAGAGAAAACCCAUGAAUUCCAUGGGGAGAACAUACAAGCACCUUGCAAAGGACACUGGGAUUGAAGUCUGAAAUCUGCCCCAAUAGAAUUUUUCCUGAACAUACCCUAAAGCUAUGUCAUCAAUGGGACUAACCUCCCAUUGUGGGGAAAUAGCUGCUCCUGCGGUUUGAAUAGCGAACAAGAUGACUGCUGCUGCCCAGGGUUGUAACAGCCGUCAAACUGCCUAAUGUGAGGGUUACUGACUGGUUGUGGACAGUGGAGUGACCUUUCACUUUACUAAGGCAAAAUACCAUGGAUGCUGGAAUUUUGGAAACGACGCAGGAGAUGCUGCUAAUUCUCAGAUGAUCAGGUGGCAUCUUGUGUGGGGAGAAAGAUUCUGUGCUACAGGUUUAUUGGCUCUUGCAUCAAAGGUCCUUGACCAGAAAUGUUAACUCUGUUUCUUUCCUCACAAACACUAUGGAGCAUUUCCACCAUUUCCCCUCUUUAAGACGAGUUUGGAGAAUGAAGCUAAAGUGGAUGAGUUCAGUUCACCAAACCAUUAAUGGAAGCUGGAGUUGCCUCCGCUGUUCAAAGUAAAUUUAUUACCAAGGUGCAUACAUGUCACCAUACACAACCCUGAGAUUCACUUCCUUGCAGUAGAUCCAAGAAACAGUAGAAUCAAUGAAAGCCUGCUCCCAACAGGAUGGACAACAACCAAUGUGCAAAGACAUCAAACUGUGUAACUUUAAAAUAAAUACAAACAUAAAUAAAUAUUGAGAACUUGAGCUGAAGAGUCCUUGAAAGUGAGUCCAUUGGUUGUGGGAACAGUUCAGUGAUGGGCUGAAUGGAGUUCAAGGAGCCUGAUGGUUGAGGGGUAAUAACUGUUCCUGAGCCUGGUAGUGAGUCGUGAGGCUCCUGUACCUCAUUCCUGAUGCCAGCAGUGAAAAGAGUGCAUGACCUGGGUGGUGAGGAUCUCUGAUGAUGGAUGCUGCCUUCCUGCGUCAAUGCUCCAUAUACAUGUGCUGAAUGGUGGGGAGGGCUUUACCUGUGACGGAUUGGGCUGUAUCCAGUAGGAUUUCCGUUCAAGGGAGUCGGUGCUUCCAUACUGGGCCGUGAUGCAACCAGUCAAUAUACUCUCCAACAUAUAGCCAUAGAUGUUUGUCCAUGUUUUAUAGCGCUUAUGAAAAAAAUAUUCACCCUCUCUCACUGGAAGUAUUCAUGUUUUGUUGUUUUACAACAUUGAAUCACAGUGGAUUUAAUUUGGCUUUUUUGACACUGAUCAAAAGAAAAAGACUCC